CAUCACUGUUCCUGAGCUCAUUUUUUGCACAGAGCAAAAAAAUUUCAAAACUCAGUCAACCACCUCAUAAUUAUGACGUCGUUUCAUUACCGUUUAAAAAUUGCAUAUAUGAACUCUUUUUGUUACGAAACCUUUGCUUUGCGUAUUCGCUUUUCUCUAACAACUUAGCCGUAACCGACAGCCAGCUGCACACGUUUCGUUGCUUAUCUUUAUCUCUAGUUUGUGUGUGCAAUAAAAGCUUCGACACGAAACACAGUCUUCAACCAUGAGCACCAAUAACAAUGAAUCUAUCACUGAAAAUCAGUCCGAAUUUCCACCCCUUGGAUCUCAGUCACCUAGCAGUCUGGAUCGAUCCAGUGGAAGUUUGAGUAACGACCGAUCCUGGGCAGAUAUUGCUGAGGAAGUACCAAAGGAAGCAGCGGAACAUCGACCCAAUGCCUGGGAGAACACUAAGGAUCACGCCAGUUAUGCAGAGGUUGCUGAGCAUCAAAAUCGCCAAGAUGAGGAAUUUCCGACUCCACAGCAGGCUACAGAACAGUUGGAAAAGGCGGGCGAGUUGGAGCCUGCUCCCAAAAGUCAAGGCGUUUCAGAUAUUUUGGAGGAACAACACGAUAAAGUUCACCCUGAGAACACCACUGAGCCACCUAAUCCUGAUAGAAGUUAUGCAUCUGCCACAGAGAACCGCGAUUUCCCUCCAUUAGACGAGACUGCCAAAGAUCAGGAAGCUCCUCAAACCAGUGAUCUUAGCGAUUUGCCAGAUGUUAAUGAAAUGCUCAAUGAAGACAGCGUCAAAAUACCACCUCCUCCUCCUGCCCAGUCAUUUGCCAAAAUCGCUUCCAAAACUCCUCCACCGGAAGAACCAAAAGAACCAAAAGAACCAAAAAAUGAAAAGCCUGUGGCUGCUCAAAAGGUUGAGGCUCCUAAGCCCGUCAAGCCUAACUUCCCACCUCUUGAGGAAGCAAGGGAUACGAACUCACCUGUGACAGAUUUGUCGGAUCUGCCAAGCGCACAUGAUAUGUUACAGGAGAAAUCUGUCAAGGAUAACACACCUGAUCGAUCUUUCGCAGACAUUACAAAAGAAAAUUUGAAAGAUGCCCCGCCUUCUGCCAAAGCCAAGCCAGUCGACUCACUUCCUGUCUUUAAUGAAGACGAAAUCCUUAAGGAAGAAACUCGAAGAGAGGCUCGUAAAUAUGUUCACGGUGGUGAAGAUGCCAAUGUUGCUCCUGAAAUGGAAAAAUCCAUUGAAGUUGCAGAAGCUGAGGAAAUUGAUGAAGAAGAUGGCAAAGGCGCUGUUAUGCGACAUAUCUCAUAUUUCGAUCGCAAGCAGAGAGGAAAGAUCACCCUCUUUGACACUUUUGUUUGUAAGUAUCCUUCGUAAACUCGCAAGUGAUUUACUAGCCGUUCCUAAAUAUCCAUCUACCUUUUGUACAGCUCUCCGUGGUCUGGGAUAUAAUUUCUUCAUCACGCUUCCCACUACAUUCGUUAUCCACUUGCGUUUGUCUCCUCUCACCUCCCCAUACUCUAUUCCAUUCAUCUAUCGAUCCAUCGUGGACAUUUUGACACUCCCUAUCUACACCAAGGUGUUGCCCAGAAUUUUGGCCCGUACCCCAUUGUUAACCCAUGGCCA